UAAUGUAUAUAAAGUAAAAUAACGUUCUUUAUUGUCCUCAUGCAGAGUCCUUCUUUGUCAAGAAAUUCAGCCCGUGGAAUAUUUUGCUCCCGGUCCCUCAAUCUAAGGUCAAUUAGUGCCAUUGGAUAUGACAUGGACUAUACCUUGGUGCAUUAUAAUGUGAAGGCUUGGGAAGGGCGGGCCUAUGACUACUGUAUGGAAAACCUCAAGAAAAUGGGUUUCCCUGUGGAUGGACUUACAUUUGAUCCAGACCUGGUUAUUAGAGGUCUUGUCAUAGAUAAAGAGAGAGGUAAUUUGGUUAAAGCUGAUCGAUUCGGUUGUAUAAAAAGAGCUAUGCAUGGAACCAAGCUGUUAUCUACUCAUGCUGUGAGGUAAGUGUGCUGAGCAUC